AGCUGCCUGAGGAGAAGCCAACUAUUCACGGAACCCAACAUGAGUACCACAUAGGUGACACAGCGAGACUCACCUGUGUGUCGGCCAGAUCGCGCCCCCCUGCUGAGCUCACCUGGGAAAUUAACAGUGAGAAGGUCCCCCCCAGUACCUCGUCCCCAUGCGCAGUAUCAAGUACCAGUCGGGCCUCGAGCAGACCCGCCUCGGCCUCGAGUUUGAAGUGACGAGGAAACACUUCGUCAACAGCGAGAUGACCCUCCGCUGCUCGGCCAAGAUCUCCUCCAUCUACUUCAAGACGCAACAGCACAGCAUCGACGGACAGCUCACUUACAACGUGCCUGUGAUGGAGUCCCGAGAU